CCGCCGGCAGCAUGUCAGCGCCCGGCGCCGCCUCCCGCAGGUGACACCCGCCCUUCCGCCGCCCCCGCCUGCCCUCCUAUAUGGGCCACCUGCUCUCGAAGGAGGCAAGGAGCCUAAGCCGGGACCGCCGCCGCCCGCGGGGGAAGGUGCCGCCGCGCAGCCGGAGCUGCUUCCUGCGCGGGCCCUGCAUGCUCUGCUUCAUCGUGCACGGCGCCAGCCCGCCUGCCCCGGAGCAGCCGCUGCCCGCCGGGGACCCGCUGCUGCCGCCGCCGCCGCCGCCCUACGUGUCUCUGACCGCCGCAGAGCAGCGCGUCGCCCGCCGCCUCCUCCGCCUGGCGCCUGCCGCCUGGGAGCCGCCGGGCCGCUGCCAGCGCCUCUUCCUCUCCGGCCUGCUGCCCUCGCCGGUGCGGGGCCUCCUGGGGCCUCCCGGCGAGGCAUCCGCCGAGAUGGUGUGCAAGCGCAAGGGGGCCGGGCUGCCCGCCUGCCCGCCCUGCAAACAGCCGCGCUGCGCCGCCGCCGAGCCCGAGCCCGGCGCCUGCCAGUGCCCGGCGGAGCCGCAGCUGCUCGCCCUGCCCGGCGCCGCGGGGGAGAGCGGCGGGGGCAGCGCCGGGCAGGGCGGCGGAGGACAGCCUGCCUCGCCGCCGCCCCCCGCGCCCCUGGAGAACAAGGAGCAGGGCACGGCGGAGGAGAAGGAGAGAGGGGGCGAGACGGGCUGCGAGGAGCCGCUGGAGCACCCGGGUGCCAGCUGCCGGGAGCCGCUGCCGCCGCCCACCCCGGACAUCAACCAGCUGCCGCCCUCCAUCCUCCUCAAGAUAUUUUCCAACUUAUCUCUGAACGAGCGUUGCCUUUCAGUGUCAUUAGUCUGUAAAUAUUGGCGUGACCUCUGUUUAGAUUUUCAGUUUUGGAAGCAACUGGAUCUCAGUAGUCGUCAGCAGGUCACUGAUGAGCUGUUGGAAAAAAUAGCAUCAAGAAGUCAGAAUAUUACUGAAAUCAAUAUCUCUGAUUGUCGCAAUGUAUCUGAUACAGGAGUAUGCAUAUUAGCAAUUAAAUGUCCUGGGCUCCUAAGGUAUACUGCCUACAGGUGUAAACAGCUUUCUGACACCUCUAUUAUUGCAGUUGCCUCUCAGUGUCCUCUUCUUCAGAAAGUGCAUGUGGGCAAUCAAGACAGACUCACUGAUGAAGGCCUGAAGCAGCUGGGUUCAAAAUGCAGAGAAUUGAAAGACAUACAUUUUGGGCAAUGUUACAAGAUCUCAGAUGAAGGAAUGAUCAUUAUAGCUAAAGGCUGUCUGAAGUUGCAAAGAAUAUAUAUGCAAGAAAACAAAUUAGUGACAGAUCAGUCAGUGAAAGCUUUUGCUGAACAUUGUCCAGAGCUGCAGUAUGUUGGUUUCAUGGGUUGCUCUGUUACAUCAAAAGGAGUCAUUCACCUUACCAAUCUGAGAAAUCUGUCAAGCUUGGACCUGCGUCAUAUCACAGAACUGGACAAUGAAACGGUGAUGGAAAUAGUAAAAAGAUGCAAAAACCUUAAUUCUCUCAAUCUGUGUCUGAACUGGAUCAUUAAUGACAGAUGUGUGGAGGUGAUUGCCAGAGAAGGACGGAACCUGAAAGAACUGUAUUUAGUAUCCUGUAAGAUCACUGACUAUGCUCUGAUAGCCAUUGGGCGGUACAGCAUGACAAUAGAGACAGUGGAUGUUGGAUGGUGCAAGGAGAUCACGGACCGUGGAGCCACUCAGAUUGCACAGCGCAGCAAGUCUCUCAGAUAUUUAGGACUCAUGAGGUGUGAUCAGGUGAACGAAGCCACAGUGGAGCAGCUCGUGCAGCAGUAUCCACAUAUAACCUUCAGUACUGUACUGCAGGAUUGCAAGAGAACAUUAGAACGGGCUUAUCAGCUGGGCUGGACACCCAACAUGUCCCCUGCCUCUUAAACUUCUGUACCAACAUGACAGUUCCACUCUGCUGCAUUCAAUAGAUCUAAUGGGGAUUGCAGAAGGGUUUAUAACCUUUCAUCUGAUGCAAUAUAGUUGUGAGUUUACAGAGGUUACAGUAAAAUGGCAAAAGCUGUACACUGACUUUAUUGUACUGUACAACUAAGUACUAACAGUGAAGCAAAACUUUAGAAAUGUAUCGUGGGUUUGUUUGCAUAAAAGUUAUAAAAGCCUUUGGCAAAUUUCUUGAAGUGGAUUCCUACUAGUUCUCUGGAUAGUUUGAGUUAUAGAUGUUAAGCUUGUUUUCCUCUGUUUACUUUGCCUUGGUCGUGUGUGUUUCCUUUGAUCUAUAAAUGGUGACUCAGUGCUAGCACCAAUGCAGUUGAUCAACAGAGGCGUAUGUUGAAACUGGGGACUAAACUUGAUGCUUAUUAUUUACGAAAGCUUAUUAUUCACUUAAACCUCAAGGAGGUUUUAAGAUACACAGUAAUAGGAAAAUCUACAGUGAAUUGCUACUUUGUUGUAAACAUUUUUUUUCUUCAAAUAUAAGAAGCUGUAGCGAUAUUAAAAUCUUUCCACCUUAAUGGAUUUUACAAUGCAAAGAGUGCUUACCUUGAGAAUGCCAUCUGAACACGGGUCCUGUCAUGGGUACCAUUUUGUAGGAUCAGAUAUCAGAUGCUUUUUAAUACAGUGUAUGCAAGAAAAUAUCCAGAGUAAACACAUAAAAUGAUUCAUUUUCUGUCACAUUGCAUUCUAAAGAGUUAAGUUUGAGCAGGGGAUCGUGAAAAUACAGACACUGCAGCUUCAAUUUGGAGUUGCCUUAACCUUUAGAGUAUUACCAUUUGGUUAAGAAUGUUGUCAGGUGUGUAACACUGGAUAUUUGUUCUUCAAAGGUUACAGCAUUUUAAUCCAAAAUAUGAAAUGCUUAAGCUUCAGGUGAAAAGUUGCCAUUAUUAUCAAAAUGUUUUGCUAAUCCAGAAGGCCUAAUGCACCAUAACAUAGAAGCUUGUUUAGUAUGGCUGUAUAACUCUCUGUAAAACUGUUUGUUGAUUUCCAUAGCAUAAUUUUUUACAACAGAAACAUCAGCUCACAGAACUUCCAGUGGGGAUGUUUUCUUAUUAGGCUUUUCAAUAUGGGGAUGAAUAAUUUCUCUGGAAAAAUAUAUAUGGUAAAGAUUUUGUUUUAAAUAAGUGGUAAAUACUUGUGAACAUGUGUAAUGCUAUGCUUUUUAUUUACUCCAAAAUGGCAACAAUAUUUUGAGAAUAAGCCAGUUAAUUAUAUUGCAGAUAUAGUACAGAAUCUUAGUCAUUUUUCUUUUAAUGUUAAAACUAUUCACACAAUUUGUAAGUUUCUAUUUUUUGUGAAACCUUUGAUCUUGCAAUAAAUUUUAAUAUAAAGAAGAAA